AUGGUAGACCAGUCAGGCCGGCUGGGCCGUCGGCGGCCCUUCUCCGCCUUGAUGAAGAAACUGGCGAACUUGAAGGCUACGUCGUCCGGGGAAGGAGGCCGCUAUCAUGGCUCGAAACGAGGCGGCACGAAGAAGCGACUUAACAACCCGUACCCCCAGUCGGGCCGCAUCGCGGCUGUGACCUCCCCACGCCACAGUCACUAUUCGGUCUCCUCAGGGCCGAGCCGGCGGUUGGCCAGCGUAACAUCCCUCGAACAGGUCGACUCCGCGAGGAUAUCCGGCGACGAGCGGCCACCGCCGACCACGGGCGGCCGCUCCAUGGCCCCUACUGUAUCCACCGAACACGAGACCUGUCGGUCCAUCGCGGCCCCUUCCCACGGGGAAUCGUCGCUCGGCGGCAUAAGCCGCACCGCAAACGGGCGAAGGGGUGGCGACAGCACGUUCUCUUCGCCGGCCCCAUCCGUGCGUUCCCUCACGACGACCCUCACCACCAUCCAAACCGUCGCCCCCAACGGCGGGGGCAGCAAUCCAACGCCGCCCACGACAAACCACCACCACUCGCACAACUCGACCUCGCAGGUCAUCCACUUCAACCAGCCCUUCCCCACCACCUCCUCCUCCCCCGCGUCCGCCAUCCCCGCCCACCUCGCCACGACGACAACCACCACCACCACGUCGUUCUUCCACCCCACCACCUACGCCACCGCAACCGCCAACAACCUCCUGACGGACAACGCGUCCAUCCUGACGCUGGCGUCCUCCUCGGCCCGCCGCCGCCGCCGCUCCCUCGACACAGACGCCUCGGUGCGCGCCCUCGCGCCCUCCUCCCUCUGGGGCGGCAGCCGCGAGUCGCUGCCGCUGAGCGUGCUCUCGGCGACCAUGGACGGCCCGCCGACCACGCCGGGCCUGCACCGUGGCGCCGGCGCCGCCGCCGCCGCGGGCGCGACAGCCGCCAGCACCGAGCGCGCCAGCAUCUACUCCGCCACCGGCAUCCUCCUGCAGGCCGCCGCCAGCGAGCGGAGCAGCUUCUACGCCGGCGCCGCCGCCGCCGCCGCCAAGCAGCAGCAGCAGCUGGGACAGCAGGGGCAGGGGCUGGAUGCGGCUAGUGUCAGGAGUGGGUUGUUCGGGCAUGCCAGGGCUGAUAGCGUGACGGGGAGUAUUAGCGGCGGGGCCGGGCUGGGCGGGAGCGCGUCCGCCGCUGCUGCUGGCGCUGCCGCGGGGACGAGUCCGUUGACGAGUCCGCGCGAGGUGGAUGGCGAGGGGGAGGCGGCUGGGGUGGCAGAGAAGGUUGGACCUGGGGAGAAGGAGUAG